GUAGUAAAUUCUAUUUCUAAAUCAAGAGCUCAGAUAGCCAAUAAAACCGUCAUGGAAGCUGUAGCGAAAUACGAUUUCAAUUCAGAUAAUCCCGGUGAUUUAAGUUUCAGAAGAGGAAAUGUAUUGAGAGUUUUAAAUAUGGAAGACGAUGAGAAUUGGUUUAUAGCAGAACUCGAAGGAAAAGAAGGAGUAAUCCCCAGCAAUUAUAUUGAAAUGAAAAAUCACGAUUGGUAUUUUAAACGAGUUACGAGACAAGAUUCUGAAAAAAUUCUACGCAAUAAACCUCUAGGAAGUUUUUUAGUCAGGAAAAGUGGAACGCCUCUCAAAGAUUAUUCCAUUUCAGUGAAAUGCUCCGAUAAAGUACAUCAUUUCAAAAUAAUGCGUGAUCCGCAAGGAAAAUACUUCUUAUUGUUUGUGAAAUUUCAUACCUUGAAUGAAUUGGUGGAAUAUUACAGGACGGCGUCGGUAUCUGAAUUGGAAGACGUAAGAUUACGCGAUUUGAAUUUCACCGAUGAGAAAGUUAAAGGAUAUCUCGACUUCCUGGAGGACGAUGAGAUAGAGGCAUUUGAUCCUUCCAGAGCUGACAUGAUCACUGUGACUGAUGGUACAGAUAAAAAUUAAGAGUUGAAAGUAACUCUGCCUCCUUCUUUAUGUCAAAUUGUAAUGUUAUUUUUGAUUUAUUCAUCAUGUAUGUACUUAUAUGUAGAUAACUUGUAUAUUAUGCUAUUUAGGUGCAUAAAUUUUCGAAUAUUGGCUUUAAAAAAGUUUAGGAGAAAUCAGUUUUUUCCCAAGUUAAUGGAACUAUAAUUAAUGUACAUCUAAUUUUACAAUAUCUCGUUUGGCUUUUAAAAACUCGAAAAAAAUUGCGAUAAAUCCUUGUCAUUUUGUUGGAACACGCUACAGUUACGAUAAUUGUAUCAUUUUUAUCAAAACAUGAGGGGAAACCAUUAUCUGUAUGAUUAUAAAAUCACACAACGUACGACGAGUAUUUGCUGAAAUUACUUUUUAUAAUACAUAGGUAAGUGGUCGAUUGUUUUAACAAGGUACCUAUCCUUUUAAACGGGCAUUCUCCGAUUUUGAUGAAACCAAACUAGAUUGAAAGAACAUGUUCUUAAAAGUAGGGCUAACGUAAAUUCCAAGUCGUGAAGUUCAUAUUUGGAUUUUUAUCAAAUAUUUAAAAAUUCAAAAAUUUCAAAAAUGGUACUGCCCAAGAGCUUUGUUUUUUUGUCAAAAAUCGCCAAAAUAUCCUUUUCAUAAAAAUUUCCAUCUCUUGCUGUUUCUCUAACCAGGGAAAAUCUUGAGGUGUCACACUCCGAUUUGAACGGGACUGCGAUUUUUGGAAAGAGCAUAGUCUAAAACCCCCAAAACCAAAUUUUCAGCUGUCCAAGUUCAUUUUUCGAUUUUUGGCGAAUUUUUGAAAAUUCAAAAUUGACUGUUUUUGGCGAUUUAUGCUAUUUUUUAAAAGUACGUACUUGAUCAAUGAAAAUGGUCGAAAUAAAUCCCAAAACUAAUAUCAAUUACGCAAAUCCAAAUUUCACCAUUUCCAGCCAUUCUGGAGCCUCCAGCGCGAGUUUUCAAUUUCUCCAGAAUUUUGAAUUUGCUUCAGAAAGCGUGAAUAUGAAGUUGGGCAGCUAAAAAUCGAGUUGUAUAUUAAACUCGACCUGUUUAACGAGUUUAUCCACAUUUGAGCCGAUUUUGAUAGUGGCACCUCAAGAGUGGUUUUUUGAGGUGUCACUCUCGCUCUAAAUCGGCUGGAAAUGGUAGAAUUUGCGCUCCGGGGGUUACUCCUUGAAGAAAUACUGCGAUUCGCACAAAUUUAAAAAAUUUCCUCACAAACGGUUAUCUUUUGACUUUUUGGAUUUUUUAAUUUUGAAAAAAGCUGGUCAAAAAACGACUCUUGAGGUGUCACCCUCAAAAUGGACUCAAAUGUGGAUAAACUCGUUAAACAGGUCGAGUUGCAUACUCACGCCUUCUGGAGCAAGUUCAAAAUUCUGGAGAAAUUGAAAAAUCGCGCUGGAGGCUCCAGAAUGGCUGGAAAUGGUGAAAUUUGGAUUUGGGUAAUUAAUACAUUAGUUUUGGAACUUAUUUUGACCAUUUUUAUUGUUCAGUAGGUACGUACUUUUUUUAAAAAAAAAAGCAUAAAUCGCCAAAAACAGUCAAUUUUGAAUUUUCAAAAAUUCGCUAAAAAUCGAAAAAUGAACUUGGGCAGCUGAAAAUCUGGUUUUGGGGGUUUUAGACUGUGCUCUUUCCAAAAAUCGCGGUCCCGUUCAAAUCGGAGUGUGACACCUCAAGAGGUUCCCUUUAGGAUUGCAAAAAAUUCUCAUUUUUUGGCUUUUUUUUAUAAUUGCCAAAAAUAUAUAUUUUUUGCUAAAAUUUUCGUAUUCUUACUUUUUGUCAAAAAUUGUCUACAAUUUUAAUUUUUUUUACCAAAAAUUUCCAAUGUUACACUUUUUAGCAGAAACUGCUGAAAAGUUUCGCUUUUUUGCCAAAAAUUUUCAGUAAACUCCACUUUUUAUGCCUAAAAUUGUAACUGGUCUCGUUUUUUCCUAAAAAUAGGUGAAAUUAUUCUGUUCCUUGGUUUAUAAAAUUAUGAUGGGUUAUUGUUGGAUACCUCUGAAAAAAUUUUCGAGCGAAAAACCCGCCCCAUCCCGCCCUUCUUUUGUCCUGUUGAAAAAAUGUUGUCUGGUUGGGAUACUUUUUUUUUUGUUUUAAUGAUUUUAUUUAACGUCGCUCGACCUUUCGAUCAUUUGCGAGAUUAUACGUAUUUCCCUUGUAAACAAAAACAUAGGUAAUUAUUUAGGUAACAUGAUGCUCAAUUUACUUGACCAAUUUUCUUUUUUUUUUACUCUAAAGGAACCGCUUAAAUUUCAAAGCUGAAAUCUCUUCAAUUGCCUGUAUUGAUGUUGAUCUAAAUAUAAAGAUGAUUUUAUUGAAUGAAUUAUCUGCAUUGUUUCCAAUUCUAUUGUACUUUCGUGGAGUAUCGACUUGAAAGUACCUACUAUACUUAAUCCUAUUUUGAAGUUGACGUUAUUCGUCAUUUUUGAGUCGUAUCUAAAUUAAAAAUAAAAGUGAAACAUGAA